GUCAGAGGGAGACUCUAACCCAGCAGGCUGCUGAAAGGACCCACAGGCCAGUGAUCAGGGGCUCGGCUCAGCGCGAAGGCAGCACAAUGGUGGAUGAGGAUAUCUAUGAGAACAUGGAGGUGACGGAAGCUGCUCCCCAGCCCAAAGGAAAUCCUCCCAAGACAUCGGUCCCUUGGCGGCACAGGCCGGGGGGCAUCGUUUCUGCUGUCCUUCUCCUCCUGAGUCUGGCCCUGGCCACGUCCCUCCUUGCUGUGAGGCUUCUAUAUCUCCGGGGACAGAGCAAGCUGCAAGCGGUUGAAGAAGCGGUGCAGAAACUCCAAGUCUCUCUGCAGCCUGACAAUGCCUCGGACGCGUCAGCAAAGGGAUCGGACAGUCUGCAGCUAUUGGAUGAAGCGCAGGCAGGAGUCCGGAUGCUGAAAGCCCAGCUGGGUAAUGUCAGUGCAGCGUAUAGAGAAAUCCAGAUCCAUUUGGACGGUGCAGCGCGAGGAGCAGUGCAAGAUGGCUGCAGUGACGUGCUGACAAAGCUCCCCAGGGGCUGGAGGUUUUAUGGUGGGAACUUCUAUUACUUUUCACAAAGAAGAAAGUCGUGGGACGAGGCCGAGCAGUUCUGUGUGUCUCAGGACUCGCACCUGACCUCUGUCUCCUCCCAGUCGGAACAGGCCUGA